AUGGUGUCGGGUGCUCCUGGCACUUCUCCACAGCCCGAGAAACAUCGUCCCGUUACAAUAGACGAGCGACCCGACCCAUUCUCGGAAUCACACCAGUCUGAAGUUUCGUCCGUCGAUGACACACCCUCGAAGCGAGCUAGGCGCUCAAUUUCAAUGACCUUUGUUUCAGCAGGCAGUUGGGUGUCCCGAACGUCAGGUAGCCUUCGUCGACCAAAGCGUGAUCUCACACCAAGGAGAGAAGGACACCGUCAUGUUUCCGAGCCUCUGACAAGCUCACGACCAACAUCAGCUGCAACCCGGCGUAUUGCGAGUGCGAACCAGGAGCCACCAAUCAAACCAACCCCUCUUAGCAAGGAGACACUGGGCCGUCUCCCAACUGCGAAUUCUCAGCUUUCAGUAAGAAAAAGAAAUUCUUCGUCCCCAGCAACCCCACCUUCCAGAGUACCGAGUUUUCAGGUUGAGCUGGCAAGACUAGGGUCUGCCGGUGGCCCUUAUUUCCAACAGGCUGUGAGGCCCAAUCAGCCUUCUGGAAGCUCCAUCAGCUCCACAGCCAUGUCGCAACUGAGAUCACAGCCCAAUGGGAGAAUUUCCAUCGUCGACAGCUCAGACUAUGAGCCCAGGGACUUCAUGUCGGGAGAUGAGGAAGAUACGGAUUUCAAGAGUGAUACCAUGUUUGACUCAAUUCGCAGCACUGUUGCGUCUGGUCGCGCAAGAAAUGUCGAAACCCCUCUAGAUUCGAUGUAUGAUGAGUCUCCUCCCAGCACCGCUGGCAAUGGCAGAGCAAAGCGCCUGUCGAUUCAAGAAAUCCUGGGCCACGACUGGGAUGCGAGCAAUAAAAUUAUGGAAGAGGACGAGGCGUUCUCUACACCUGUGCGUACUGCAGCUCCUCGAGACCAGCCAGCCGAACCUCGAUUUAGCACCGACUCAUCUGGACAUGACUACUCUCUUGCCGCCAAAGGACUUGGCCGUAUGUCAAUUGAUGAUGACUUUGACGAAGACUGGACGAAAGAUGUUGAUGGUCCAUUCAAUGCCCUGUCCCCACCCUCCAAAGGCAGCUCGGCCAACUCUAGAAAAAUCAACCCAAAUGUCCGUCUUGCUCUAGCUAACAUAAGUGGGAAUGGUAUGAUUGAGCAUGGGAUCAUGGAUAUUCGUAAUGAACGACCACUGAGCAAUCUGUUUGACUGGAGCGAACCGUCUGUUUAUGCAAAGCAGGACCUUAGCAAACCCUCUGCGCGUCCGAGAACGGCAUACACGAACCAGGAGACAGAUGCUAGAGGCGGUCGUCCUGUUGUCCGUAAGGUACCAGCCCCCACUCAUGUCCGAAGCCAGAGUGUGCCUGUUGUUCAUGAGCCUCCCGAGGAGUCCAAAUCUACAGGGAGCAAAUACGGAACUUGGGGAAUGGGUUCCAAACCCAUCAGCGAGGACUGGGAUGACGACUUCGAGUUCAAUGGGAGCCUCGGAAGUGGCAAGCACGCUGAUGAUUCCUUUGCCGUACCCGAGUCAAUCCAAGCUUCACAACCCAGCGUUAGGGCGCACUCUGGACAAAUUCGCGAGCUAUCACUAUUAGUCAACGAUUUGCAGCGUCUCUGUCGACACGGCCGAGAUAUGGAUAUUCUUAGAGGCCCAUAUCAUACCUUGUGGAAGGAAGCAGAGGGCAUCAUCGCUCUGGCAUCUCCCGAUGAUGAUGAUGCCAUGGAAGGAGACAAGGACGCAUCUUCCGUUGAUGGCUCUGAGACAAAUGAACGCUUUUUCGACGACGGUUUCGAUGUCGCAUCUCUGGACCGGUUAGAUGCUGCUCUGGAUGGCCGUGAGCCCACCAUGUCUAAGACGACAGUUGUCCGAGACCGACCGUCUCCUAGGAGACGUUCUGUCUUUUCUCCCGACGAUGAUAUCUUUGGCGGAGGUGUACCACUAUAUGAUGAGCCACGCACUCGGACCAGCCGCCCUAUAACACCGGAGGCCAAACUGAGUAUUGCGCACGACGUGAAUGGCGUUGUGCGAACCGUCGUGGAGGCCAUGCAACAAUCAGCUCAUUAUGAGCCAGUAUUGGAGACUCCCCCUCCCAACAAGCGUAUGCAUUUUGACACGAACAGCCUCAAGGUCCUCGUUAAACGAGCGAGCGACCUACGAGAUAUUCUAUCAGAGUUCAUCCGCAAGACCGACCAGAUCACACAGAGCCCUGUUCGAACCCCAAGACACGAACGAUAUCCUGAAUCGAGUCCCGCUUUUACACGGAUGUUUGAAGAUCCCGCUUCAAGCCCACCCCGUCGCAUGAGUAACGUUUCUGAUGAUAAAUCACCGCAGCAUUCGCCUUCUGCUGGCCUCGGCCGGCGGAUGCAAAUGAUGAAAGUUAAAUAA